GGCAGAGUGAAGAUGAGAAACUGGAACUUCCUCGGGGGGAUUUUGGAGGAGGUACACAUCCAUUCCAAUAUGGUGGGAAAAAUCUGGCUCACCAUUCUGUUCAUCUUCCGCAUGCUGGUGCUCGGGGUGGCAGCUGAGGAUUUGUGGAUAGACGAGCAAGUGGACUUCAUCUGCAACACUGAUCAGCCCGGGUGCAGGAACGUGUGCUAUGAUCUGGCUUUCCCAAUCUCCCCCAUCCGCUACUGGGUGCUGCAGGUCAUUUUUGUGUCCUCGCCUUCAUUGGUUUACGUGGGCCACGCCGUCUACAGGCUGCGGGCCCUGGAGAAGGCGAGAUGGAGGAAGAAAACUCUGCUGCGGAGGGAACUAGAGGAUGUGGACCCGGCCGUAGCCAGGAAGAGGGUUGAACGGGAAAUGAAACAGCUUGAUCACGUAAAGCUUGACAAAGCUCCUCUGAGGGGAGCUCUGCUGCGUACCUACGUGGCUCACAUCAUCAUCCGCUCUAUUGUUGAAGUAGGCUUCAUGGCAGGUCAGUACCUACUCUACGGUUUUAACAUCUACCCGCUCUUCAAGUGUGAGCAGGAGCCUUGUCCCAAUGCCGUAGACUGUUACGUUUCCAGACCAACAGAAAAAACUGUCUUCAUGAUGUUCAUGCAAAGCAUUGCUGGCCUCUCGCUCUUCCUGAGCAUCUUGGAGGUGCUGCAUCUGGGGUACAGGAAGAUUAAAAAGGCUUUUUUGGACUUCUUUGCAAAUGAUGAUUGCAAUGUCAACAAAUGCCAAAAAGAGUCUGUUCUUCAUACACACGGAAGUGCAUCCCAAAAUGCAAAAAUUAGGGUGGAGGGUCGAAACAUGUUCUCAAAUCCGAUCAAACCAGCUAUCCCGCCUCUAGAUGUGAAUGAUUAUCGAUGUUCAGCUCCAAGCCCACCAGAGUAUAACUUCUCCCCAGCUGCCGUGCAAUCUGACUUGCAGUGCUGCGACUAUGCAAUUAGUUCAAAACAAAAGUUAGACACAUUUUUCCAUCCUCCCCACCACAGGGUCCAGAGUCCAGGGUCUCAAAAAUGGCCACAGAAGGUAGUUUGUCCCUCCUUCUCCUCUCCAAUACCAGGAAGGGGAUCAAGGACACUGUGCAGAGCUCAUGGGUCUUUAAAAUGCCCCACAGCCCUGGAAGAUAAAAGUUCCGACACAGAUACAAACAGAGGUACAAAAGCCAGCAGCAGAUCUCUCAGCAGGCAAACGCAGUCAAAAUCAAUUGCCCAACUUCAAAAAGGGCCAUCAGCCCUGGAGUUGCGUAGUGACUCUAGCUCAGGAUCCAGGUGCAACGCAAGACCAGCGUCGUCCAACUCCAAAUCAUCUAUGGGAAGUAGCAGAAGAGCGCCAGACCUGCAAAUCUGAACUCUGGAUAUUUCUUUCUUUGAACCGUUUCCACCCAACGCACAGCCCUCGCUCCACU